AAAUUAACAUAGACAACAACAACAACACACGUGGGAAGAAAAUAAAAAAAACUAGUUUUAAAAAUGACAGACACUGGGGAUAGAAUACAGCCAAAUUUUAAAAAUUUAACACAUACAGAUUAUGGCAAGCCUAAUGAUAUGCAACAUAUGCCUUUGCAAGAGCUAACAAAACCCCAUGUUGAUUCUUUCAAUUACAUGUUAGAGGAGGGAUUGGGAAAGGCUGUGCAGUUGAUUUAUCCUGUGGAGUUUGCUUUACCAAAUGGAGACAGAAUAUCAUUUACAGUAUUGGAUGCUAAUAUAUACAAACCAGUGGUUUCUCAAAGUAACAAGACUUCAGUCAACCUGAAAGUUUAUCCUGCAGAAUGUCGACAGAGGUUUGUGACGUACAAAGGGAAUUUCCAGAUAACAUUUGUAUGGAAAAUAAACAACAAACCACAGGAUACAGUCGAAAGAACUAUUGGAGAAAUUCCAAUUAUGGUUAAGUCAAAAAGAUGUAACUUACAAGGAUUAUCACCAUCAGAGCUAGUAAAACAUGGAGAGGAGGCAGAGGAGAUGGGAGGUUAUUUCAUAGUUAAUGGAUUGGAGAAGAUUAUAAGAAUGCUGAUUAUGCCUAGAAGAAAUUAUGCUAUGUGUAUGAUAAGACCAUCAUGGAGAUCUAGAGGUAAACAGUACACAGAGUAUGGAGUCCAGAUAAAAUGUGUCAGACAAGAUCAGACAGGCAUGAAUAAUGUGCUUCACUACCUAUCUAAUGGGUCAGCUACUAUAGGGUUUGGAUAUCUGAAAGAACUUUUCUAUGUACCAGUCAUGUUUAUAUUAAAGGGAUUAUUGAAUGUUACAGACAAGUAUAUUUAUGAUCAGUUAGUUAAAGGUAAAGAAGAUGAUUCAUUUUAUAAAGGGUGUAUAGUAUUUAUGUUGAGACAAGCUUUAACAGAAGAUCUUACCAGUCAGAAUAAAGUUCUACAAUAUAUAGGGUCCAAGUUCAGAAUUAAAUUACCUCUACCUGAAUGGUAUAGUGAUGAGGAAGUUGGACAGUUUUUAAUCAGGGAGUGCAUUUGUAUACAUCUAGAAAGUAAUACAGAUAAAUUCAAUCUUUUAAUUUUCAUGAUAAGGAAAUUAUUUGCCUUUUCUAAAGGAGAAUGUGCAGCAGAAAGUGCAGAUAGCCCAGCCAAUCAGGAAUUGUUACUAGGUGGCCAUCUCUACCUUGCUGUCCUUAAGGAAAAGAUAGAGUCAUGGUUAAUUUCAUUAAAAGCAACUAUACAAAGAAAUGCCAAAACUAAAGAAGGAUCCUACAAAUUAACUAGCAAAACACUGGAAGAUGCAUUUAGACACACCUCAGAUAUUAGUAAAUCUGUAGAAUAUUUACUUUCAACUGGUAACCUGGUAUCAAGGUCAGGUCUUGGUUUAAUGCAGACAUCAGGGUUAGCAGUUGUGGCAGACAAACUCAAUUUCUACAGAUAUCUUUCACAUUUCCGUUGUGUUCAUAGAGGAGCUUUCUUUGCUGAGAUGAGAACAACAGCAGUCCGAAAAUUUCUUCCAGAGGCUUGGGGUUUUCUAUGUCCUGUGCACACACCUGAUGGAGCUCCUUGUGGUCUCUUAAAUCACAUGACUGCAUUUUGCCAGGCUGUCAACAUACAGUAUCCAACAGCUCAUCUAUACAAGUUACUGAUAUCACUUGGUGUGACGCCAUUUGAUGCUCCUCCACCAGGGAACCUUAAGGACUGUUUCCCUGUUUUACUUGAUGGUAAACACAUGGGAUAUCUUCAUUCAUCUAUAGCUAAAAAAGUAGAACAGAAAUUGAGGGUCAUGAAAGUCAAAGCUUUGAAACAGGUUCCCACAAUGAUGGAGAUAUGUCUGAUUCCCAAAACAGAAUUUGCUAGUCAGUAUCCAGGUCUGUACCUGUUUACAACACCAGCCAGGAUGAUGAGACCAGUAAAGAAUCUAGCAUUAGAUACCACAGAGAUGGUUGGAUCAUUUGAACAAGUUUACAUGGAUAUCUGUAUCAAUCAGAGUGAGGCUAUUCCUGGGGUGACAACACAUGAAGAAUUUAGUGAAAUUAGAAUGUUAUCGUCUUUGGCUUGCCUUACACCCUACUCAGACUGUAAUCAGAGUCCAAGGAACAUGUACCAAUGCCAGAUGGGUAAACAGACUAUGGGAACACCAUGCCAUGCCUACAAGUACAGAGCUGAUAAUAAGUUAUACAGAAUACAGACACCCCAAACACCAAUGGUCAGACCAGGCAUGCAUGAUCACUACAAUGUAGACAAUUAUCCCAUGGGAACUAAUGCUGUGGUAGCUGUUAUAUCAUACACAGGUUAUGACAUGGAAGAUGCCAUGAUUUUGAAUAAAUCAGCAUUUGAGAGAGGAUUUGCUCAUGGAUCUAUUUAUAAGUCUGAGCUGAUUGAUCUGAGAAAAAAAGCUCAAGACAAAUACAGAACCGUGCUAGUAUUUGGUAGUAAAUCAGGAGACAAAAGAACAGAAGGAAAGCUGGAUCCUGAUGGUUUGCCUCCUAUUGGUACAUAUCUACAAGAUGGAGAUGUUUUUUACAGCUACUCCAAUCUGCAGACAGGAGAAUAUAAAGUAGAAAAGUAUCGUAAAAGUGAACCUGCUUAUGUUGAUCACAUCAAAAUAAUUGGUAAUGACACUGGAACAGGCGACCUUGAAAAAGUCUGUAUUGUACUUAGAAUUGUGAGAAAUCCCAUUGUAGGAGACAAAUUUUCCAGUAGACAUGGACAGAAAGGUAUCUGUAGUAUGUUGUAUCCAGUAGAAAAUCUACCAUUUACUGAGAGUGGAAUGGUUCCAGAUAUUAUAUUCAACCCUCAUGGUUAUCCAUCUAGAAUGACAAUUGGUAUGAUGAUAGAGAGUAUGGCAGGAAAGUCUGCUGCUUCACAUGGCCACUGUUAUGAUGCAACACCAUUUAAAUACACAGAAGACCAACCACCAAUUGAUUAUAUGGGAAAAAUGCUGAAUGCAGCUGGAUAUAAUUACUAUGGGACAGAGAGAUUAUAUAGCGGAGUAGAUGGAAGGGAAUUGGAGGCAGACAUCUUUAUUGGCAUUGUCUAUUACCAGAGACUAAGACACAUGGUGUCUGACAAAUUUCAGGUACGAACCACAGGUCCAAUAGAUCAGGUGACCCAUCAGCCAGUGAAAGGAAGGAAGAGAGGAGGAGGAAUAAGAUUUGGAGAGAUGGAAAGGGAUGCUUUGAUAUCUCAUGGUUCAGCAUUUUUAUUACAGGACAGACUUCUCAAUUGUUCAGAUUCAUCAUUAGCUCAUGUAUGCAAAAAAUGUGGAAGUAUUUUAUCACCAUACAUGGACAGACCUCCAUCAGCUAAUGCAGCAGUAUCUGCAGAACAAGAACGUAAAUGGGCAUGUUCUAUCUGUAAACAAACAAAAUCUAUAGAACUUAUCAAAGUGCCUUAUGUGUUCAAAUACCUUGUAGCAGAGUUAGCAGCUAUCAAUAUAAAGGUAAACUUGGAUAUCCAAGCAUUUUAAACAUCCUCAAGACACCUGUUAUUAAAAGGAACCCAUGGAAUGUUAAUAAUUCCAUAACCUCAUCUUCUUAUACUUGUGAAUAGAUUACUGGAUUUAUUUGUACAUUUUCAGGAUAUACAUUUCAUGAUGUAAAAGAUGCAUAUUGCAGUUGUCUAUGAAAUAAAUGCAUCUGUGGCAUUCUUUAUGAGUAAAUAGCUAUGUGUUUAUAGGUACUUUGUUUAUUUGUUAUGUUUCAUUAAACAAUAUGUGAAACUUUAA